GUGCCGAUGUCAGUCGUCGUUUUACCGUUCACUGAGAAUAACGCGAGAGACUCUGAUUGCCGAGGAGCGCGGAGAAAACGUUCAGCGAGCCGACUACGUAUCCAGCUGGUAUAGUUUAUACAAAGCGUACGCAACAUGAAGGGAGGAGUCAAAGCUCUACUGAUAGUGGGACUGCUGUCACUGCUGUCAGUCGCCACGCUCGCCAAAGAGGACAAAGAAAAGGAAGAUAUUGGUACAGUGAUAGGAAUCGAUUUGGGUACAACAUACUCUUGUGUUGGAGUUUAUAAGAACGGUCGCGUAGAGAUCAUCGCCAACGAUCAGGGUAACCGAAUCACACCUUCCUACGUGGCGUUCACCAGCGACGGCGAGCGUUUGAUCGGCGACGCCGCCAAGAAUCAACUGACGACAAAUCCCGAGAACACUGUGUUCGACGCCAAGCGAUUGAUCGGUCGCGAGUGGUCGGACCCCACUGUGCAGCACGAUGUGAAAUUCUUCCCAUUCCCGGUCAUUGAGAAGAACAAUAAGCCGCAUAUCAAGGUCGACACGAGCCAGGGUGAAAAGGUCUUUGCGCCCGAGGAGAUCUCGGCUAUGGUAUUGGGCAAGAUGAAGGAGACUGCUGAGGCUUAUCUUGGCAAGAAAGUCACUCAUGCGGUAGUUACUGUGCCGGCUUACUUCAAUGACGCACAAAGACAGGCCACCAAAGACGCUGGAACAAUUUCUGGCCUGGUCGUAAUGAGGAUUAUUAAUGAGCCAACUGCCGCUGCGAUCGCGUAUGGUUUGGAUAAGAAAGACGGCGAGAAAAAUGUAUUGGUGUUUGACCUGGGCGGCGGCACUUUUGACGUCAGUUUGCUCACUAUCGACAACGGUGUAUUCGAAGUCGUUGCUACUAAUGGCGACACCCAUUUGGGAGGUGAAGAUUUCGAUCAGCGUGUGAUGGAUCACUUCAUCAAACUGUAUAAGAAGAAGAAGGGCAAGGAUAUCCGUAAGGACAACCGAGCUGUGCAGAAGCUGCGUCGUGAAGUCGAAAAGGCUAAACGAGCACUCAGUGCCAGCCACCAGGUCAGGAUCGAAAUUGAAUCGUUCUUUGAGGGUGAGGACUUCUCUGAGACCUUGACUCGUGCCAAAUUCGAGGAGCUGAACAUGGAUCUCUUCCGUAGUACUUUGAAGCCUGUGCAAAAGGUGUUGGAAGAUUCCGACAUGAGCAAGAAAGAUGUGGACGAAAUUGUUUUAGUUGGUGGCUCGACUAGGAUCCCGAAAGUUCAACAAUUGGUUAAGGAAUUCUUCGGUGGCAAGGAACCAUCGCGAGGCAUCAAUCCUGACGAAGCCGUCGCUUAUGGUGCCGCUGUACAAGCUGGUGUACUUUCUGGAGAACAAGAUACGGAUGCUAUCGUACUUCUCGAUGUUAAUCCUCUUACCAUGGGUAUUGAAACUGUUGGAGGUGUGAUGACCAAACUCAUUCCAAGGAACACAGUCAUUCCCACGAAGAAAUCUCAGAUCUUCUCCACGGCAUCUGACAGCCAACACACUGUCACGAUUCAGGUAUACGAGGGUGAGCGUCCCAUGACCAAGGACAACCAUCUGCUUGGCAAGUUCGAUCUGACUGGCAUCCCACCGGCGCCACGUGGCAUACCACAAAUUGAGGUCACCUUUGAAAUCGACGCCAACGGUAUUCUACAAGUAUCGGCCGAGGACAAGGGCACUGGCAAUCGCGAGAAGAUCGUCAUCACAAACGACCAGAAUCGUUUGACGCCCGAUGACAUCGAGCGGAUGAUCAAGGACGCAGAGAAGUUCGCCGACGACGAUAAGAAACUGAAGGAGCGCGUAGAGGCGCGCAAUGAUCUCGAAUCGUACGCGUACUCGCUCAAGAACCAAUUGGCUGACAAGGAGAAACUCGGCUCAAAGGUGAGCGACGCGGACAAGGCUACGAUGGAGGAGGCUAUCGAGGAGAAGAUCAAGUGGUUGGAGGACAAUCAGGAUACCGAGCCAGAAGAAUACAAGAAGCAGAAGAAAGAACUCACCGAUAUCGUUCAGCCGAUCAUCGCCAAGCUCUAUCAAGGCGCGGGCGGCGGUGUCCCACCCACUGGUGGCGAGGAAGAGGAUAUGAGGGACGAACUUUAACUGCAAAUUCGCGACCCGCUCACCUCGGUUCGCGGUUUAGACUGAUUACUCGCCUUCCGAGCAAACACUUUACAGAAGUGUUUGAUAUACACGAGAGGCUGAGCGCGGUACACACGCGAGAUCAUGUUCUCGCCGUACGUUUAGCUGAAAGUGGCUGUCUGGUUCUAAGUUUUACUUAGAUAAUAUGUAGUAUACACUAUCUAUAACUUUAAGACUUAGGUUUAAGGAGGGCGUUUGAAGCUAAAUGUGCAGUGGGAAUAGAAGUCUUCGUCAUAAGUCUCACGUACAUUUUAAGAAAAAUGUGAGAGUAUGCUAACAAUAUCGAAAAGUCGUCAAAUUUUGAAAGAAUUGAAAUCGAUGAAAAUCUUGAUUCUUUCCACAAUUUUAACGACUUUCCAAUAUUAUUAGCAUUUUCGACGCUGCGCUCGUUUCUUUCCCCCGCGAAAUAAGCAUACUGAACUCCACUACGUCGUUAAUUUAUUUCGAAUUGUUUUAUAUGUUUCUCCACUAAGUGUAAUAAUCGAACGAUCGGUUAAUCGUGGAGCAAAGCGCGUUAAAGAUGUAAUUCGUGAGUAUGCGUAUAUACGACUGAACGAGAGAGUGAAUGAAAUUUGUGAAGACGCGCGGGCUUGUAACUCGUAUACUGCCAGCGAGUUGCAUCGUACUAUGUACAAUGUAGCCGUGUGAGUGUGCAACAUGUGUAUCAGUAAUGCAAGAAUAAAGAUUUUUUCAGUAAACUGUAA